AUGGCGUUCGCUUCCGUGCUAGGCUUCCUAGCGAACCUAGAGAGCUCCAUUGGGCUCGAAGCGUUCCCCAAGUACCGCCAGGAGGGUGCCGAAAAGAGCGAUGCCCCUUUUCUUCUCUUCUUCGUCGGCUUUACGCUCUUGGUAUAUCUCUUGGAGACCUACCUCGACCUGCGACAACACCGGAACCUUAAAGCAGGAACACCGCCCCCCACCCUACUGGAGGUGCUGAAGACCGUCGAUGAGGAUAACAAGGGACUGGAGGCCGUGUCAAAGGUGGAAAGCAAGUUCUCGGCAAGCCAGGCCUACGGGCUGGACAAGAGCCGCUUUCAUUUCUUCGACAGCACGUUCGACCUAGUUGUUGGGCUGACCACCAACCUUCUGGGAUGGAUGCCGUGGCUGUGGGAUGUCAGCUCGGGCCUUGUGGCUAAGGCGGGCUUGGGGGACUGGGGUGGAGACAUCCCAACCAGCCUCACCUUCGUCGUGCUAACGAUGGUUUUGCAGACGUUGAUUGGGUUGCCUUUUUCUCUCUACUCUACCUUUGUGGUGGAGGCCAAGCACGGUUUCAACAAGCAGACCCUUGGCCUGUUUUUCGCUGACAAGGUGAAGAGCAUGCUGCUCACGGUCGUCAUCAGUGUCCCGGUGUUAAGCUGCGUGCUGAAGAUCAUCGAGCUCGGGGGCAAGCAUUUUUACGUCUACGUGUGGGCCUUCAUGUUCUGUUUCUCCAUCCUCAUGCUCACGAUUGUGCCCACAGUCAUCAUGCCGAUGUUCAACACCUACUCUCCCCUUGAGGACGGAGAACUGAAAUCUAGCAUCGAAAACCUCGCUAAAAGGGUUUCAUUUCCUCUCACGAACCUCUUCUCGGUGGACGGCUCCAAGCGUUCGGCGCACAGCAACGCCUACUUUUACGGAUUCUUCAAGAACAAGAGGAUUGUGCUUUACGACACCCUCAUCAAGCAGGCCGAUACGAACGAGAUCGUGUCGAUCUUGGGCCAUGAGCUUGGUCACUGGAAGAUGUCGCACACUCUGCAGGGAUUCGUCAUCUCUCAGACGUACCUCUUGGCGUCGUUUUGCGCUUUCGGGCUGGCCACGGAACUGGGCGAAAGCCUACGCCUUUCGUUCGGUUACUCCACUUCGGCGACCCUGAUCACGCUCUACCUCUUCUUCGCCGUGAUGUGGGCACCCGUGGACCAUUUGCUUGGUGUGUUCAUGAACGUGCUCUCAAGGAAAAACGAGUUCGAAGCUGACGCGUACGCGGUUAAGCUCGGGUACUCGAAGGGGCUGCAAUCGGGCCUGGUAAAGCUCCAGCUCGAGAACCUCGGAAACAUGAACCCCGACCCGUGGUACUCCGCCUUCCACUACAGCCACCCGCCGCUGGUCGAGAGGCUCCAGGCUAUGCGGACCGACAUCGGCAUCAAGAGGGAGUAGAGAUAUCAUCACUUCUCAGAUAACACAGCAGUCCAUUUCCGACUAGAAGGGCAACAUAGAAAUUUGAAACAUGCUACGCUGAGCGUGCUCUUUUUGGUGACCGUGCAGGUAUAGUGGUGUGAGAGAUAAUUUGAGCUUAGACUUUACCGGUCGCUCCCGCUCGUCCUAAAGUUGUGGCAUUUGGCACACGUACGCGUGGGAAUGAACGGUUGUGUACCAUGUGUGGCUUUUGGUCGGUCGAAUAGUACUGAGGCCUCUAAAUAGUUG